CACUCGGCGGCCGCCAUCUUGCGAGCUUGCGGUAUCAUCGGUGCAGGGCACCGUCCUUGAUCUCAUCGCGGUUCACCGACAAAGAGGCGGACUGGCAGCCCUCAGCGUCGCAGUCAUGCCGGCCGGACCCGUGCAGGCGGUGCCCCCACCGCCGCCGGUGGCCACCGAGCCCAAACAGCCCCCAGAAGAAGAAGCAUCUUCAAAGGAGGAUUCUACCCCUUCCAAGCCAGUGGUGGGGAUUAUUUAUCCUCCUCCAGAGGUCAGGAAUAUCGUUGACAAGACUGCCAGCUUUGUGGCCAGAAAUGGACCUGAAUUUGAAGCUAGAAUACGACAGAAUGAGAUCAACAACCCCAAGUUCAACUUCCUGAACCCCAAUGACCCUUAUCAUGCCUACUACCGCCACAAGGUCAGCGAGUUCAAAGAGGGGAAGGCACAGGAGCCCUCGGCCGCCAUUCCCAAGGUUAUGCAGCAGCAGCAGCAAGCCGCCCAGCAGCAACUACCCCAGAAGGUACAAGCCCAGGUGAUCCAAGAGACCAUUGUGCCCAAGGAGCCCCCUCCAGAGUUUGAAUUCAUCGCAGACCCCCCAUCCAUAUCGGCCUUCGACCUGGACGUCGUGAAGCUGACUGCUCAGUUUGUAGCCAGGAACGGGCGCCAGUUUUUGACCCAGCUGAUGCAGAAAGAGCAGCGCAACUAUCAGUUUGACUUCCUCCGCCCACAGCACAGCCUUUUCAACUACUUCACAAAGCUGGUGGAACAGUAUACGAAGAUCUUGAUUCCACCCAAAGGUCUAUUUACAAAACUCAAGAAAGAGGCUGAGAACCCCCGAGAAGUUUUGGACCAGGUGUGUUACCGUGUGGAGUGGGCCAAGUUCCAGGAGCGUGAGAGGAAGAAAGAAGAGGAGGAGAAGGAGAAGGAGCGGGUAGCUUAUGCACAGAUUGACUGGCACGAUUUUGUGGUGGUGGAAACAGUAGACUUCCAACCCAGUGAGCAAGGGAACUUCCCACCUCCCACCACCCCGGAGGAGCUGGGUGCCCGGAUCCUCAUUCAAGAACGCUAUGAGAAGUUUGGGGAGAGUGAGGAGGUUGAGAUGGAGGUUGAAUCUGAUGAGGAGGAUGAAAAACAGGAGAAGACAGAGGAAACUCCUUCCCAGCUGGACCAGGACACCCAAGUGCAAGACAUGGAUGAGGGUUCUGAUGAUGAAGAAGAAGGGCAGAAAGUGCCCCCACCCCCAGAGACACCCAUGCCUCCACCUCUGCCCCCAACUCCAGACCAGGUCAUUGUUCGGAAAGACUAUGACCCUAAGGCUUCCAAACCCCUGCCUCCAGCCCCUGCUCCAGAUGAGUAUCUUGUGUCCCCCAUCACGGGGGAGAAGAUCCCUGCUAGCAAAAUGCAGGAACACAUGCGCAUUGGGCUUCUGGACCCUCGGUGGUUGGAGCAGCGAGAUCGCUCCAUUCGAGAGAAGCAGAGCGAUGAUGAGGUGUAUGCACCAGGUCUGGAUAUUGAGAGCAGCUUGAAACAGUUGGCCGAGCGGCGUACCGAUAUCUUUGGUGUAGAAGAAACAGCCAUUGGUAAGAAGAUUGGCGAGGAAGAGAUUCAAAAGCCAGAGGAAAAGGUGACCUGGGAUGGCCAUUCUGGCAGUAUGGCCCGGACCCAGCAGGCUGCACAGGCCAAUAUCACCCUACAGGAGCAGAUCGAGGCCAUCCACAAGGCCAAGGGUCUAGUGCCAGAAGAUGACACCAAGGAGAAGAUUGGGCCUAGCAAACCCAAUGAAAUCCCCCAGCAACCACCACCUCCGUCUUCAGCUACCAACAUUCCCAGCUCAGCCCCACCUAUUACCUCUGUGCCCCGGCCACCUGCGAUGCCGCCUCCCGUUCGCACUACGGUUGUGUCUGCGGUACCUGUCAUGCCUCGGCCUCCAAUGGCAUCUGUCGUCCGACUGCCCCCUGGCUCGGUGAUCGCCCCCAUGCCACCCAUCAUCCAUGCACCCAGGAUCAACGUGGUGCCCAUGCCUCCCUCAGCUCCUCCUAUCAUGGCACCCCGUCCACCCCCCAUGAUUGUGCCAACAGCCUUUGUACCUGCUCCUCCUGUGGCACCUGUCCCAGCUCCAGCCCCAAUGCCUCCUGUUCACCCCCCGCCUCCCAUGGAGGAUGAGCCUACCUCCAAGAAACUAAAGACAGAGGACAGUCUCAUGCCUGAGGAGGAGUUUCUACGUAGAAACAAGGGUCCAGUGUCUAUCAAAGUCCAGGUGCCCAACAUGCAGGAUAAGACAGAAUGGAAACUGAAUGGGCAGGUGCUGGUCUUCACUCUUCCACUCACAGACCAGGUCUCUGUCAUCAAGGUGAAGAUUCAUGAGGCUACAGGCAUGCCUGCAGGGAAACAGAAGCUGCAGUAUGAGGGCAUCUUCAUCAAGGAUUCCAACUCACUGGCCUACUACAAUAUGGCGAAUGGCGCCAUCAUCCACCUGGCCCUCAAGGAGAGAGGCGGGAGGAAGAAGUAGAGAAAAACCAACUGUCAGGUCCUGGCCGCUGCCAUUUUUCCUCUGCUGCCCCCCAUUUCCUUUCCCAGACCCAGAAGCCCCUGCCUGUAUACUUGUCCUCUUACUGAGUUUGGAAAUCCACAUUGUCCUGCAGUUCCUUCCCCUGACUCUCUUCCUGCAUUGAUAAAGUGACAGGGCUUUCUAAGCCUUUUCUUCCCAUUUGUCUCUGGAAUAUGUUUGUUGUAAGGGUCUUGAUUUGAGGGGUUUGUUUCUUUGGGCAGCCCACAAGGAAGAGUGAGCCCAUGGAGGUCAUGCUGGAUAGUGCCAUAGUGCUAGGUGGCACUUGGUUGACAGAAUGUGGUGGUGAUGGUCAUUUGUCAUUUGUAUCUUGCCUUGGGCUAAUAAAUCUCAUGGUUUCUUUUUUUGUGAAAUUGAUGUCAAGGUUUAUCCUUUGGCCCCGUCUAGACCCUAGGCCCUGAAGACAUGGCACACUGCCUUGUGACACCUCUUCAGCUCUGAGGAAUUAUGGGGCUUUUAGCUAAAUUCUUGGCACCAUUAAAUUUUUGAGGAAUCUUAGAAUCUUCUUCCCUAAAAUAAUUUUUUUAAGAUUUGUGUUUAUAAUGCCCAUUAUAAGUCAUUUGGACCUUCCAGAGUUAUAGCUGCCACAUUUAAGGAGAUGUCUUCAACAGUCAUGACCAGAAUUCAAGAACAGGUGAGAUGCAGUUCCAGCACCAGGGCAGCCAAGGGACACAAACAUGAGACUCAGAGAGUGGUUUCCUACAGGCCUGGAGUCGCCCAUCACCUGACUGGCUCUGUGGGUUGCAGGUUGCAUACUCUGUGGAUACAGUAAU